UAUCGUCCAACAAACGUGAUAAACCAAGAAUUCAUUCUAUAACAGACAUAGGACUGAAUAUUUAGCUUAGUUCAAUUUUGUGGAAAAUUUGGCUGGUUUAACACACAUUAUAUAUAAAAUUAUGAGUGCAGAGCUGAUUUUUGUCGAAGAUUUUAAAAAAGAAGCGAAAAAAAAAGUAUCACCUUUCGGCUGGGGAUACUAUUCAGCGGGAUCAGUCGGAGAACAAACUGUGCACGAAAACUGCGAGGCAUACAAAAGAUGGAGAUUUCGGCCUCGACUACUGCGAUAUGUGUCAGAAGUGGAUAUAUCAACAACAGUUCUUGGUUCAAAUAUUCCGUUUCCUAUUUGCAUUGCCCCGACGGCUCAUCAUGCUAUCGCCUGCGCCGAGGGCGAAGUUGAAACGGCUCAAGCUGCUGAAUCGCUUGGUACCGGAAUGGCAUUGAGUAUCUAUAGUAACCGUACUAUGGAAGAAGUGGCUCACCAAGCACCAAACGGCAUAAAAUGGUGCCAUGUUCAAAUAGUCCGGAACCGUGAUUUGAUAAAACAUUACGUGAAAAGGGCGGAAAAAGCGGGUUACAACGGAUUCAUCGUAACCAUUGAUCAAGCAGUUUUAGGAAAUCGUCAUCAUAGAUAUUCAGACGGAACUAGUUUCGCGUUUAAACAAUUGCACCCAAGCACAAACCUAUUGGAAUCAACGAAACAUUUUAUGCCACAUAUGAAUGAAAUAAGAGCAUUUCUUCAUUUAACUGAUGGGACCACUGAAUGGGACAGCCUUGACUGGUUGAGAUCAAUUACUAAAUUACCAAUAGCAGUGAAAGGAAUUUUGACAAGUGAAAUGGCUUUGAAGGCUGUUGAGCAUAAGGUUGACGGAAUAAUCGUGUCAAACCACGGCGGAAGACAACUGGAUGGCACUUUCGCUUCUAUCGACUCCCUUCCCGAAGUUGUGAAAGCAGUGAAUGGACGAUGCGAUGUUUACUUUGAUGGAGGAAUACGUAAAGGAACUGAUAUUGCAAAAGCAAUCGCUCUUGGGGCAAAAGCGGUUUUCGUAGGAAGACCCAUACUCUGGGGUCUUAUUUGUGGGGGAAAGGAAGGAGCACAAAGGGUGUUGGAAAUAUUGCGUGACGAAUUGGUAACCACAAUGCAGCUUUUAGGUGUAAAGUCUUUGGAUGAACUGCAAACAACGCCCGACCUGGUGGUGCACGAAUCAUAUUUAUUUUCAAAAUUAUAAUAAAAUGUCAAAACUCA